AUGUGUUCUAUGUGUUUGCUAAAUUUCUUCUCAUGUAAUCUACAAUUAUUCUACCUAGACAUUUGUGUUAUCCAAGCCGAAGGGGAGGAUACAACUGGCACUCACAUCGGGUCUACCUGUGGACGCAAGAAUUUUGGCUAUUUAGUGCGACGCGUGAAUUUGUAUAGGUUUCAAGAAUUUUAGCUACUUAGUGCGAUGAAAUCAAGCUAAAACACUUCAAUUCGUACCCUAAAAAAAGAGAUCCUAUAAUAGGUUUCUUCCCAUGUUUUGAUGGUAUGUCUGGCCAAAUCCUCCGUCGACAUGCGCCACCACAGGUUCGCGUCAUUGACGAGGUACAUGUUUGCCAACGUGACCUUCUCCGCAUCAGGUGA